UUAAUCGGAGUUGGACGAUUGCCUAUAGCUUGUGGGUUUGAUUCUCACCGUCGAAUUGGGUGACGUGUGUUUUCCGGUGGGGGAGGAAUUUGAUUGCUUUGGACUCUUCUUUGGGGGCUGUCAAUUGGGUGGAGUUGUCCAUCGAAUGGACAGGCUGUAUCUACCCAUAGUCAGCGUGUGUGAAUGAUGUUCGGUUGGCUUAAGGGUGUGAAGUCUAUCGGCAGUUUUAAGUGGCGUGGUGAAUCAUCUUUGACAACAUCUUUGCUCAGGGAUGUGGCUCCUGAGGUUGAAUUAUCUCAGUAUGGAAGGGCACUGAGUCCAAGUCCAGGUAGCGAGAGCCCAACUGGGCUUCUUAAUGGUGAGAGCGUAAAUGUGGAACCAAUUGCUGAUUUGGACCUGUUCUUUGAAAGGCUGUACAGCUACUAUUGUGAUAAAGGGCUCUGGUGUAUUGUCAUAAAGUGGAUAGUAGAGCUUCUGAGCCUCGGUUUCACCAUAUGCUUCUCUGGGUUCUUCUUAUUAUUUGUUGAUUGGAAUGGUCUUCGUAAUGCAAAGUGUGGGAUGGAUGCAUUUCAAUCUGGAACCAAGCCCUGUGAUCUUGCUACCGAAGCUCUUCAUCAGCACCCAUUAAGCCCUCUGACGCUUUCCAAAGCGAUAAUUGUUGGAUAUUUGUUUAUAUUUUCCAUUUAUUGGAUCUUCUGUUUCCUGAGGUUUUUUGCUCAACUACGAGAUACUUUGGGAGUCCGUCACUUCUAUCACAACAGCCUCCAUGUCACCGACAAUGAAAUUAAGACAAUGCCAUGGGCAUCAAUUUUGGAAAAGGUUGUCCAGCUACAAAGAUCACAGCAGCUUUGUGUGGUCAAAGAUCUUUCUGCUCAUGAUGUGGUUAUGCGUCUGAUGCGGAAGGAGAACUAUUUAAUUGGAAUGCUUAACAAGGGGGUUCUUUCUUUUCCAAUCUCUCAGUGGGUCCCAGGUACUGGUCCUACUGUCAAACUGCACUCAAAUGGACAGCAAGAGCGUCUAAUUCUGACAAAAACCCUUGAGUGGACCUUGAAUUGGUGCAUCCUGCAGAGCAUGUUUGAUAGGAAUUUUUGUGUUAGAAGGGACUUUGUAUCAAAUCCAAGAACAUUACAGAAAAGACUCAUGGUAGUUGGGCUUGUUAUGCUUCUCCUUUCGCCAUUUCUUGUCAUAUUCAUGCUGGUAUAUCUCUUCUUAAGGCACGCAGAACAAUUUUAUAACCAUCCGAGCACUGCUUCAUCGAGAAGAUGGUCAAAUUUGUCAAGGUGGAUGUUUAGGGAAUUCAAUGAGGUGGACCACUUGUUCAAACACAGAAUCAAUAGCAGUUUGGUACAUGCUUCUGAAUAUUUGAAGCAAUUUCCUUCUCCUAUUAUAUCCAUUAUAGCAAAGUUCAUCUCAUUUGUGUCUGGUGGCUUCGCUGCUAUUCUAAUCAUCAUCGCGUUCCUAGAGGAAUCUCUGCUAGAGGGCCAUAUAUUUGGUCGCAACUUGUUCUGGUAUGCUGCGGUUUUUGGAACUAUAACAGCUAUUAGCAGGGCUGCAAUUAGUGAUGAGCUUCUGGUCCUUGAUCCAGAGGGGGCAAUGUCUAUGGUGGUUCAGUACACACAUUAUAUGCCGAAGACAUGGCGUGGCAAAGAGAAUACUGAGGGUGUUCGGACAGAGUUUGAAUCCCUGUUUCAGUAUACUGGAAUGAUGUUACUUGAGGAGAUGGCUUCUAUCUUCCUCACUCCAUAUUUACUUAUAUUUGUGGUUCCAAAGCGGGUGGAUGACAUUUUAGAGUUUAUUGCAGAAUACACAAUUGAUAUUGAAGGUGUUGGUCAUGUUUGUAGUUUUAGUGCCUUUGAUUUUCAAAAACAUGGUAAUAGAAACUAUGGGUCACCUUUCAACGUAUCUCGCUCACAGAGGAGUUCUCAGGGGAAAAUGGAGAAAUCGUUCUUGAGCUUCCAGUGUAGCUAUCCGUCGUGGGACCCAAAUGCAGAAGGACAUCAGUUUCUUUUGAAUCUUAGAACUUUCAGGGAGCAAAAGUUGCAGGGACAAGGACCUAGACAUGCAUAUUCUCCCCAGAGAAUGUCACCUGGUAGCCCCAGUUUGAGAGCCUUUGGUGGCAUGAACUAUUUAUCGAGGGAAAGGCUGCAUCAUAAUCCUAGAAAUGGCUAUCAAUUAGGUUCUCUGUGGUUAAUUGAUGCAGAGCAGAAGAAUCAUCCAUACCUUCUUGAUUGGUAUUACACAUCUGCCCCACACCAUACAACGAGUUACAAGAAUAGUCUGGAAGAACCAUUUGAAGGUGCUGAGCAUCAGUCUGUGGAUUGGAUGCCGCCCAACUUCACAGAAAAUGGAGCAAGAUUUGAAGAUCUUUGGGACCAUCAUUAUGAGGAUCGAUCACAGUCAUAUCUGGGGGCUUCUACAUCAGCUCCAUUCCCCCGAGAUAAUGUACUUCAGCACCAUGACACUGGUAAUCCGGCACACCAAGUGCGGAGUCACUGGUGGGCUAGAACUGGCCCUCACAGUACACAGCCCCAGUCAAGUUUCCUUGAUCCUCCACAGUCAAGUUUUCUUGAGCCUCCCAAUUUCAUGCGCCGACCUUCAGAUAAGUAUUAUGAAAAUUUCUCAGACAGAAGCGUAGAGGAACAGGAUGAAGAACAUGAACGGGAACAGAAUGAAAGACAAGAUGCCGAACAAGAUGUAGAGCAGGACCAGGAGUUGGAUUGGAGGAGGAACUACCACAAUCUAUCUCGAACUACUUAUAUGGAUGACUUAGACUUAGAGGCAGGAGAAUUCAAUCUUCAUUUUGAUGAUGUAUAUAGUAGACGUCCUGAAACCCCUAAGAUAUAAAACCACCAAGCUUUCAGUGAUAACUAUAUGUUUCCUCUUAGUUUUUUCAAGAGGUUCUCUAUUGCUCAAGUAUCUGGUUGGUUUUCCACUACUGGGAAUGUUCUCUCUUGCUCAGUAAGGAAUUAGGAUUCGUGUAUUCUUUGUUGUAUAUAAAUUGAAAUUCUUGAUACUCUUCUCCCAGUUGCGAGGGUGACUGAGGUCACAUAAAAACCCAGCACCCCUCCAAGGCUCCAAAAAUGUACAGCUAAACCAUUUGAUCAUUUCAAAAUUCCUUUUCAUUCCGCC